ACUCGCACACACUCCCCCAUUCACUAAUCCACGUACCCCCUCCACCACCCACUGAGACUCCUCCACCCACGCGCUGCACACGCUCCAGAGAAGUCUCACAACCCAAGAGACGAACACCCCCACCACCACCAUCAUCAGCAUCACCACCAUCAUCAUCAGCAUCACCACCAUCAUCAGCAACACGUCGGCAAGGGGAGAGCCGUGAUGGCAGCAGGGAUGGUGAUGGUGCUCGUAGCCACCACGGCGGUGAUGGUGCAAGGCCUGUUCCUGCGGCCCGACGAGGCCGGGGCGUUCCUGGGCCGCGUGCGUCGCGCCAACGACAAGGGCCUCCUGAAGCUGGAGGAGCGUCGUCAAGGCGACCUGGAGCGCGAGUGCGUGGAGGAGAGCUGCUCGCACGAGGAGGCGCGCGAGGUCUUCGAGAACGUCCCCGAGACGGAGUACUUCUACCCAAGAUACCAAGAGUGCAGCAGGAAGUUGGGAGCAGCCCCCCGGAGUGAUGACGAUGCGAAGAGAAUCUUCAAGGGCUGUGUGCGGGCGCUACCCAAUCAGUGCAGCCCCCCGCCGUGCCGGGCGGAGUCCUCCAGCGGCUGCGUGGACCUCCAGGGCGACUUCGCCUGCCGCUGCCUGCCGGGCUGGACCGGCAAGACCUGUUCAGAGGUGUGGAGUGAGUGUGUGGAGCUGCGCUGUGAGCAGGGCUGCUCAGAGUCUGCAGGCUCUGUCCGCUGCUACUGCGAAGGGCGCAACGGCUCCACACUCGCCACUGACCAACGCUCCUGUCAGCCCAUCCAUACGUGCGCUCCGGUCAGUGACCAAAAGGACCCCACUUUCUUCUACCUGGGCAUGAACUUCAACAAGGGUCCUGCCAUCUUCAUGAGAUUCAAACUGCAGAAGCUCACCAGGCCAAUGUCCACCUUCGAGCUGCGCACCUUCGACCCCGAGGGGUUGGUGUUCUACGGCGAGACGGGCGGCCACUCCAACUGGUUCCUGCUGGCGCUGCACAACGGGCAGCUGGAGGUGCAGAUGAAGGACACCAACGGCAAGCUGGUGACGACCGGGGGCAAGCCCGUCAACGACGGCCAGUGGCAUCAGGUGUCGGUGGAGAAGACGCUGAGCCACGUGAUCGUGAAGGUGGACGGCGAGGAGGUGAUCAACGUGAACAACCCGGGGCACAUCUCCAACGGCGUGGACCCCAACUCGGAGCUGGAGAUCAGCGUGGCCGGCCUGCCGCCCAGCGCACCGGACAUGCUGAGGCCGAUGAACGUCCGUCUGGACGGCUGCAUCCGCAACUGGGACUGGAUGGGCCAGGACACGGCGUGGAUCUCUGGGGCUCUGCGUGACGAGCCAAGCCGUCAGUGUUACCGCAACGUGGAACCGGGCUCCUUCUUGCCUGGAGCAGGGCACGCCGAGUUCAACACUCUCUCUUACGCCGUGCGGAAGCCGUCGGCCGUGGGACCGUCGGCGGAGGGCGACGCCGACGGUGACGGGUGGCGGCUGCAGCUGCGGCUGGAGCUGCGUCCGUCACGUGACCAGGCCGUGCUGGUGGCGUUGGUGCGCAACGGCACGGACGCGGAGCUCACGGUGGCGCUCACGCACGCGGCGAGGGGCGCCGUCGGGACGCCGGCGCGGCAGCAGCAGCUCGUGCCGG